AUGUGGAAGGCUAUUAUUGACGCAUUAAACGGUGAUGAGGGGAAACUAAAUAACGGUGACGGCCAAAACUACGACUUUUCGCAAGUCAAGUCGUUUGUUUCAUCGGGCGAUAGCUCUAAAACUUUGAUCGAUGUGAGAGAGCCAAACGAAUACGCAGAAGGCCACAUACCUGGAUCCUCUAAUAUGCCUUUCAGAAGCCAUCCAUUGGCACUGCGCAUACCAUCUCGCGAGUUUGAGAAAGACUUUGGAUUUCAGAAGCCUGACAAGAACCAAGAGUUGGUUCUUCUUUGCGCUUCUGGUCGCAGGGCCAGCCAGUCAAGAGAAGAGGCAUUGAAGGCUGGUUACAAACAAGUCAGUGUAUACCCGGGCUCUAUGAGCGAUUGGGUUGCAAAGGGCGGCAAAACAAUUUAA